AUGAGUUCGUACCGUAAAAAUUGUUCAAAAUCAGAAAUCUCUGUGAAUGACACUUCCAACAAUAUUAAUGUACCUGUACUUCAACAAAUCAACUCCCUGAAUUCUUAACCAAUCAUGUAAGUUCGAAGACCUACUGAUUUAAAUAGUUCUCUCAAUCCAAUCGACUCUCCACUUAGCACUCAUAAUCUGUAGAAAUCACCACUUUGUACACCAGGAGUAUUGGAUGGCAGAGCAACUCAAUUGAAUCUAAUUAAUGAAGAAUCGAGUGUGAAUGAAUAAUCAGAUCAUAAGGCUUUUGAGAGUUUAAUAAAAGAGAAACCCCCAGAUAUCAAUGACAUCAUCAUCAGAGAACCAGUUCAUUGGAGUUGGAUCUUUACACAUCCAGGUACAUCGAGAGAUGAUGAUUAAUGUAACAAAUUUGGGAUGUACUUGGGGGACAAAGCUUAUACUGAAGUAGACAAUAAAUAGGAUAUCAAAGUAAAUAUCAAACCUGCUAUUAUUGUUGUUUAAAUUAUCCUAUACAUCUAUUAUUUGUAUUAAUUUCCACUCCUCCUAUGUGGAAUUGCUGGCUCUGAUUAUAAAUAAGCAUAUCAAUUACAAACACAACUUCCACUAUUGUUUAUAAACUUCAUAUUGUUUAUUUUGAACACCUAAGGCACUGUUUAGUUUUUUGAUUACCUGCCUUUGACUACUUUUAUUCCCUUUAUUUGCGCAUUAAUCGAUAUCAAUUAAUAAGUUAUUUUCAUGCAAAUCAUCCACCUCGUUACAAUCUACAAGUUCUAUUCCAUAUUCAAACAACUGCUCUCAAUUGCUAUAUGUUUAAGGAUAUACUCACUAUAUUUCUUUACUGUAAGGAUAUCACAAAUUCAUUUCUUUUAAACCAUAUUUGGAUUCCUGCUAGUUACUACUCAAGCCAAUUAAUAACAAUUGAAUUUGGAUGAAUUUUAUCAAAACUAUUGCAGUUUGAUCAAUAUUCUAAUUAUAACUAAUAACCAAUCUAAUCUAAUAUAUCCAAUUAAAAUUACAGUCAUCAUAUUCAUAAUCUAUUAGUUCACUCUUAUUGGAGAAUAUGUUAAUUAUUUAUAUAGAAAUUAAAACACAUUGACCCAAGGAUUAAUUGAACUCUCUAGAAUUAUCCAUUAAUUGCCAUUUCAUCUUAGAUACGAAAGUUUAUCAAUAUCAAAUAAAUAGAUUUUAUCAAGAUUGGAAACAAGGAAUCUUAUAGAUUAUGACAGACUUCCUAAUCAAUUAUCAAAUAAAUUAUUAAAUGCGUAAUAUUCCAAUGUUUUAAACAAAAUACCUUUGCUUGAAAAGUGUUUAACUUAAACAACUAUCUCAAACAUAUUAAUGAAUGCCUCCAAAGAAAGAAUUUUGGAGCCCAAUGAAAUUCUAAUUUAAGUAAAUUAAGAAAAUAAAUUUCUAUAUUUCAUUCUAUCUGGAAAAGUCAAAUGUUAUUAACAAAGAGAAAACACGCAAUUCCCAGUUGAUGUUAAUGAUAAUGGAAUUUAUAAUCAGCAAGGCUUCUUUUUAGAAUAAUAGGCUGAAGUUGGUGUUAAAUGUGUUACUUGUUGUAAGAUAUUAGAAAUCAAUUCAGAGUAUUUUUGGAAAGAGGUCAAAAGAAGUAUUACUGAACUUGAAAAAAUAAAGAUGGGUUUAGAUAGAGUGUAAUUCAAUCAGGAAUUUCAAUUAAUUGCUGUUACAUGUCAAGUUUGCAAAGGAAAUCAUCUAAUCAACAAUUGUAAGAAUGCUCAUUAUGUCCCUUCAAGAUAAAUAUUGAUGGACUUUAUUUAUUUUGAUGAAAUCAACAAACGCAAAAAGUAUUAAAGAAAAAAUCAUACAAGAAAGUUUAAAUGUAUGAAAAAUAACAGCAUGAUAGAAUAAAUUGUCUGUGAUUUUAGACAUCAAUUGCUACAGUAAUCUGACACUUUCAAGCCUCCCAAGACCAUUACAAGCAUAGGAAUGUAAUCAGAGUAAUAACAUUCUGAAUAAUCUGAUGAAGAACACAAUAAGAUGUCUUAGUAUGUAUAAAAUUUGAGUCCUGUCUAAUAUGUAAACUAAGUUGGAAGCAGUGCGAGUUCUUAUGUCUUAAAAGAAUUAAAACAGCCACAACAAAUAAAAUCGCCUAAAGAUAGUGUCAUGGUUCAUUAAAAAAGAUAACAAGAGAAGAGAUAAUCUCAUGUGACCAAAAUUGAAAGAGACCUAAGUCCAUCGAUAAUUAAAUAUGCUACAAUUUAAGAUAAAAAGAGUUAAAAAUCAAGAUCAAUUAUAAGUGAAGAUCACGGUAAUGGAUUAUUACCAGGCUCUGAUCAUAGAUAAUUUUCAAGAUAUGGUAUACAAUCAUCUAAAUUUACAAAUGAAACAGCAAAAUAGUUUUUGAGUAACCCUUUAGAUAUGCCAUCAUAUGAUAUGAAUUAAUCUAUGGAUAAAAAUUGUAGCUAUAAUGAGUAUUAUCCUAGAAAUAAUAUAGAUUUGGCUCUCCUCUCUUAUAAACAAUAUCAAGACAGUAUUAUAUCAAAUAGGAGUAAUUAAAAUGUUUGA